AUGAAGGGACUUUUGUUAUUUGGACUGUUGGGCACUGUCCGGGCCUUUGAAAACACAGCUCCGCUUGUUGUGGCAGGCACGCGUUUCAAUGCCGACUUCGAGUACCUCAUUCCCUCGUCCAGACUGGCAGAAGUCAGGGAAUUGACAGAGUCCAUCUGUACCAGCAGGCCCCAGGAUAAUAUCAUAUAUCUACAGGUGGAAGGGCUUUCGAAGCGGGAUCUGAACAGAGACCUGACCUCCAACUUGCCAGAGCCUGCAGUCAUCGCUCCACACGUUCUGUAUAAGACUGCGGAAGAUGUGGCCGUGGCGGUCUCCUCUAAAUGCAAGUCAGCCACAGUGGACGUCCGCGACAGCGACUGGUUGGACCAGAUCGGCCGUCAGGGCGUGUCUGUGACACGGCUGGAUGUCUCUGAGUUACCGAUCCUCGAGAAGAUCUCGAUCGGUGCCAAUCCGCACACCGUCAUAAUACAAGGUGUUCCUCGGUUCCACAGCACCGUCUCUUUCCUGGACCAGGCCAAAAACUACGUCAAGAAAAUCUCGCAGUACACAAAGCGCGCGGACGCGGUAGACGAGAGCGACUACGACACGAUCCAGGAGGAGCUGAACGAGGCGUUUGACGAGAUCAACCAGAUGAUCGAGGACGAGACGGCCACCAUCUACGAGCCGGACCAAGAGAGCGUCAACUACAGCACAGGAAACAGCGCCAGCACGAGCGCCGUUGUGGACGGCUCGCUGUUCGACAAGUACGGGUUUUUCACGCCGGGGCUGGUGAUGUGCACGUUUGUGUCGCUGUUUCUCUUCUUCAUCUUCUCGAUCGCUCUGAAGUGGCUCAAUUCUCUCCAGGUGAGCUACAAGGCGUUUGAGAAGCCGGUCACGUUUGGCAAAAAGACACAAUGA